AUGAUCGAAGACUGUUACCAGUUUAUGCUUGUAACUGAUGUUGCACGUGGAUCACAUAAGAUAAUCGGCUUGGAAGGCAUUCCCGUCUAUACACAUUUUUUUCUGCACAAUCAGCACUGGUCAUUUGGCAGUUUUCUUUGCGAUCUAUGGCUGUCAAUCGACUACACCGUCUGUCUUGCUUCCAUUUAUACGGUGCUUGGUAUCACCGUAGAUAGGUACUGUUCUGUAAAGCAUCCGGCUACGUAUCGUAACUGGCGUACAUCACAACGGGUGAUGUUAAUCAUUGCCGUUAUAUGGAUUAUAAUCGGCUUGGAAGGCAUUCCCGUCUAUACACAUUUUUUUCUGCACAAUCAGCACUGGUCAUUUGGCAGUUUUCUUUGCGAUCUAUGGCUGUCAAUCGACUACACCGUCUGUCUUGCUUCCAUUUAUACGGUGCUUGGUAUCACCGUAGAUAGGUACUGUUCUGUAAAGCAUCCGGCUACGUAUCGUAACUGGCGUACAUCACAACGGGUGAUGUUAAUCAUUGCCGUUAUAUGGAUUGUUUCUUCCGUUGCGUUGUUUAUUGCUCUUGAUGCAGCAGGAUGCGAAUUAAAUGCUCAUAACAUCGCGCACCGCCUCCAUGUCAAACAUGCGAGUCCCGAUUGUUGGUUAUCAAAUGUAUCCCUGCUGCUUUUGCAAAACAAUUCAAUCCCGAUCCCGUCCAACGGGACCGUGGAAACCGACAAUGGUCCAGCUUUUUACCUAAAAGAAGAAACAGACAAGUACGUUUGGUCAAAUGAAUAUGUUUUUGAAGUUAAUAGAUUGUUUUGA